AGGAGAAAAUGGCCAGUGUAAUUCAAGCUGCGUAUCGAGUCGCUACAGAUUAAUGUGAAUAAAAUAAUUAUAUGGAUAUUUCGCACAAAAUGAUACAGACUUUUCUAUUUUUCGCGUGCCUCGGCAUCGGGGCCGGGAUGUCGGUUGUGAACCCGGGCCCCAAGUUCCCCCCCACUAAGGGAGAAGUGUGGCCCAAACCCCAAGAAGAAGCUAAAGAAAUUAAGUAUUAUUCAUUCAACCCUUCGCAUUUUAGUGUUAAGGUCGUAGGACACAAGUGUGCGAUACUCUCAAACGCGAUAGAGAGAUAUUCAUUCGUGGUCAAACACAAGAUAGGCUCGACCCGGUCCCGUCGCGAGAGACGCAAGCGCAGGAACGGGCUGUCACACGAUGAGAACUACCGGGGUCGGCUGCAGGAGCUCGAGGUGGACCUCACGGCGCCUUGCGAGGAAUACCCGCAUGUGGAUAUGGAUGAGAGCUAUAACCUGAAUGUAUCUGCAACUGCAGCAUUACGGAGUCCCUCUAUUUGGGGAAUUAUCAGAGGUCUCGAAACGUUCUCGCAUCUCUUCUAUCUUUCUGACGAUCGAAAUGAACUGCGCGUCAACAAAACGCAAAUCAUUGACUACCCGCAGUACUCCCACCGGGGCCUGCUGCUGGACACAUCGCGGCACUACAUCUCAGUGGCGAACAUCUUGAAGACGCUAGACGCGAUGGCGAUGAACAAGAUGAACGUAUUCCACUGGCACAUCGUGGAUGAUCAGAGUUUCCCGUACCAGAGUGAACGAUUCCCGGAGUUGAGUCAACAAGGCGCUUACGAUCCGUCUAUGGUAUACACAAAGGACGACAUAAAAAUAAUUGUUGAUUACGCAAGAGACCGGGCGAUUCGCGUUAUUCCUGAAUUUGAUGUACCUGGACACACACGAUCAUGGGGUAACGCAUACCCGAGUGUGCUCACGGAAUGCUAUCGAAUGGACAAAGUGAUUGGCCUGGGUCCCAUGAACCCAACAAAGAACAUCACGUAUAAACUACUCCGGGACCUGUUCCAGGAGGUGCAGACCUGGUUCCCUGAUAAAUACUUCCACAUUGGCGGUGAUGAAGUGGAAUUGGAUUGCUGGAGAUCGAACCCCGAACUCCGCGACUACAUGAACAAGAACAACCUCACUGUGCCAGAGUUGCACGGGAUCUUCAUGUCCAACGCGAUACCAUUGCUAGCAAACGACUCGGAAGUUGUCGUUUGGCAGGAGGUAUUCGACGAACACGUUCCUCUAUCAAAAAAAACACUUGUGCAAGUCUGGAAGGGAAGUUGGAUUAGCGAAAUGGUCACGGUGCUCACUGCGGGACAUCGUUUGAUCUUCUCGUCCACCUGGUAUUUGGAUGCACUGGGCAGCGGCUGGACGGACUACUACUGGGCUGAUCCUCGCCAGAUGGUGUAUGAUGUGACGUACAACAGGACGCUGCUUGAGAACAUUGUUGGCGGCGAAGCGUGCAUGUGGGGCGAGAUGGUAGACGAUAGGAAUGUAAUGAGCAGGGUAUGGCCAAGAGCAAGUGCAGUAGCUGAACGGCUGUGGAGCGCUAACACAAUCGGCAGGCGGUCGGUCUUUGACACGAUACCAGCAGAAGUUUAUCACCGCAUGGAAGAACAUACCUGCAGGAUGAUUCGACGAGGCAUUGAUGCCCAACCACCCACUGGACCUGGCUUUUGUGUUGCUUAAGUUCUUAAGAUAUUAUUUGUUAUAAGUGUUUGAUGCUCAAAUAAAUAAAUUAAAUUAG